UCGCCUGCUCCCACCCCCCUUCCGGAGGGGCGGCUCUUCUUCAUAGCUCUACGGGCAGACGCAUUCGGAAAGGAAGCCGAAGACCGUCGGAAAUUGCCGAGCCGAAGGGGAGGGGAAAGGAGCCCCUCCCCCCGAGGGGGCGCGUCCUUGGAGACCCCCCGAGAAAGGAAAUCGGAAUAGAAUAGCGAGCGAUGGAAGCGGAGGGACAGAGAGGACAAAGAGAAAACAAAUAGGAUUUUCUCCCUACCCCACCCCAUCGAAAGAAGACAAUGGAGAAGGCAAUCAGAAUUCUGGUGGGCGAUGUCCAAUAGGAUUAACAAAGAAACCAUUUAAAUGUAUGGAGUGUGAAAGGAGAGAGGAGAAAUAAUUUGAAAGUAUGGAGUGUGGGAAGAGCUUCAGUAGCAGUGGAAAACCAAGAAAACAUCAACGGACUCACACAGGGGAGAAACCAUUUAAAUGCAUGGAGUGUGGAAAGAGCUUCACUGAUAAUCGAGUACUCAGAAGUCAUCAACAGACUCACGUGGGGGGGAAACCAUUUCAAUGUAUGGAGUGUGGAAGGAGCUACAUUGACAGUGGAACACUAAGAAAACAUCAACGGACUCACACGGGUGAGAAACCAUUUAAAUGUAUGGAGUGCGGAAAGAGCUUCACUUAUAGUGGAACGCUAAGAAGACAUCAAUGGAUUCACAAGGAGGAGAAACCAUUUAAAUGCAUGGAGUGUGGGAAGAGCUUCACUGAGAGUGGAAAACUUAGAAUUCAUCAAUGGAUUCACACUGGGGAGAAACCAUUUAAAUGCAUGGAAUGUGGAAAGAGCUUCACUGGAAGUGGAAAACUUAUAAUUCAUCAACGCACUCACACUGGGGAGAAACCAUUUAAAUGUAUGGAAUGUGGAAAGAACUUCAUUGAUAGUGGAAACCUUAGAAUUCAUCAACGCACUCACACGGGGGAGAAACCAUUUAAAUGCAUGGAAUGUGGAAAGAGCUUCAGUGACAGUGGAAAAUUUAGAAGACAUCAACGGACUCACAUGGGGGAGAAACCAUUUAAAUGCAUGGAGUGUGGAAAGAACUUCAUUGAUAGUGGCACAUUAAGAAAACAUCAACGGACACACAUGGGGGAGAAACCAUUUAAAUGCAUGGAAUGUGGAAAAAGUUUCAGUGACAAUGGAAAACUUAGAAUUCAUCAGCGGACACACACAGGGGAGAAACCAUUUAAAUGCAUGGAAUGUGGAGAGAGCUUCCGUCACAAUGGAACCCUUAGAAUUCAUCAACGGACUCACACGGGGGAGAAACCAUUUAAAUGCAUGGACUGUGGUAAGAGCUUCAUUAACAGUGGAACACUAAGAAAACAUCAACGGACCCAUACAGGGGAGAAACCAUUUAAAUGCAUGGAGUGUGGGAAGAGCUUCACUGAUAGUGGAACACUUAGAAUUCAUCAACGGACUCAUACAGGUGAAAAACCAUUUCAAUGCAUGGAGUGUGGAAAGAGCUUCACUGAUAGGGGAACACUUAGAAUUCAUCAACGGACUCAUACAGGUGAGAAACCAUUUCAAUGCAUGGAGUGUGGAAAGAGCUUCAGUCGGAGUGGACUCCUUACAAACCAUCAUCAUAUUCACACGGGAGAGAAACCAUUUAAAUGCAUGGAGUGUGGAAAGAGCUUCAGUCGGAGUGGCCACCUUACAAACCAUCAUCUUAUUCACACGGGGGAGAAACCAUUUAAAUGUAUGGAGUGUGGAAAGAGCUUCACUGAGAGUGGACACCUUAGAAACCAUCAUCUGAUUCACACGGGGGAGAAACCAUUUAAAUGUAUGGAGUGUGGAAAGAGCUUUAAUCAGAGUGGACACCUUAGAUACCAUCAAUGGACUCACAGAACGGAGAAACCAUUUCAAUGCUUGGAGUGUGGAAGGAGCUUCAGUACAAGUGGAGUUCUUACAAAACAUCAACAAACUCAUACAGGGGAGUAACAAUAUAAGUCCUAGGGAAGUGGACAGAGGUUCAGUUGUAGUGGAAGUCUUACAAACCAUCAAAAGACUCUGAGGGAUAAGAGCUCUAAGAGCGGUAACACCUACAGGCCAUGAAUUAACUCUAAAGAAGAGAAAUGGUUUAUAGAGUGUAGAACCUGGUUCUCUCCAAGUCGACACUUUCUUUCACAUCAGUAACAAGAAAUCAAUCUGAAUUGCAUGCAGCGUAUGUGAGCUUCUGUUGUUUGUAACGUGGUCUAGACGUUUAUUUAAAGUAAUGAAGGUAGAAUUUCACAAUAGUAAGCAUAAUAUAAUAUUUAAUGUGAAUCUGUAGUGUUGCUUCUGAAUGAGGGUGGACUGAGAGUGAGCUGGUGUUGGUGUUUGGUGGGGGGAGUUCGAAAUGUCUGUAUCUGGGAAUGGAGAGUUGCUCAAAGUGGAGCUGAGACUGGUGGUGUUGCUUUGGAAGCAGAGUUAGACUAAUAUUAUAGGAACAGCAGCAUAACUCCCAUUGUUAUAGUUGCAAUAGUGGAACCAUGAAGACACAGAAAGAUUGAAAGCACCUACUUAUAUGCCGAAGGUAAUCUUGAAACCCUGAUCUAUUCUUUUGAUUUAUAGAUGCAUUAUGUCAGAUAUAAUAUGUAUAGAUAUAUUUGGUGGCAGGAGAAAUAAAAGGAGCAUUCCCUGGCAGAACCAGGAAA